AUGCGCGUCCCUUCAUGCGCGUCCCUUCAUGCGCGUGCUCCCAACCGACAGCUGGAGCGGUUGCAGGACAAGAGGCGCGUGCCCGAAAGCCCGGCCAUUAGCGAGCGUGCGCGCCCACGUGCGCAUGCAACACUGCUGGUGACAGGAGAUGGAGGCCCUGUCACCAGUACACCUGGAGCUGACAAAGUCAUUCUCCAAGUCAGGAAACAAGGAGGACCAGCUGAGACCCCUCAAACUCAGUCUGUUAUCCUUCCUCAGACACCCCACAUUUCAAGUGCCAACGGCAUCCUCUGUGGGGGUGUUAAUCAUCCCCCUCCAGGGAACUUGAGGCCCUCUGCUCUGCAGCCCAUCAUACCUGCCAUGACUCUCAGGGGCACUAAGCCUGGUAAUGGGGGCUGGUCUCCAGGCUUUCCUCCUCAAGCUCCACCACCAGUCAGCCCGCUGGCCCCCAAUGUUCAUUCAGGGAAUGCUUUGCCCAGGACACAGGGGGCCUCAGGGCAGGGAGCUGUGGCCUCCACCCAGUCGACACCUUCACUGGAUGACUCCUGCAAACCCAGGAGCGUUUAUGAGAACUUCCGCUGUUGGCAGCGCUUCAAGUCCCUAGCCCAGAGGUACUUUCACUGGAGUCCUGAUGCUGAAGCUCUCUCCUGCUUCCUCAUCCCAGUGCUUCGAUCUCUGGCCCGGCGCAAGCCCACCAUGAGCCUGGAGGAGGGACUUCACAGAGCUGUGCAGGAAUGGCAGCAGACAAGCAAUUUUGACCGGAUGAUCUACUAUGAGAUGGCAAGAAAAUUCAAGGAGUUUGAGACUGAGGAAGAGGGACAAAUUGAGAUCUUACCGAAGAUGACUGGUCCUCAGGGCCCAUUAAGAACAGACCCUCCAAAGCUUCAUCCCUUGGUGCAAAAAGGCAACGUGGAAGGCCAGCAGCCAGUGUCCAUUCCAAAGAAAGCAGGACCCAAAGCACAGUUUCCGAGACAGCGGCAAAACAGACACCAGGAGACACAGAAGACGAAGGCACCCAAGGAGAUCCCAGAUGCAGCUGUUAAAGGAUACAUUAACAUCAUGGAUGGGCUGCUAGGGUCUUUGGACUCAGCCCCUGAGGCAGAUGGCAAAUGGGACACAGAAGAACAUGAGCAGCAGCAAGAAGAGGAUGGGAUUUAUGCAGACCCAGAUCUCCUCGCAUACAUUGACAAGCUAUGUGCCGAGGAAGAUUUUGUUACCAAGGGAACCCGAGGGCAGGAGCGCAGCUUCGGGAUCAACCCCCGAUACAGACACACCGGAUACAAAUAA